UAUAAACUCAUAAAAAUAUGUAUUUGGCAUAUGUAUUUUAAGAGGGACAAUUAGAAAACUUAUCUAUGUAAUCCCAAAAUAAAAACACAUGCGUAUUCUUUGAUCUUUCUGAACCCUCAAAAAUAAAAAAGAAUUCUCCCCAACGGGCAACGACUCAAAAUAAAAACCCAAAAAAAUCAAGAAAGGGGAAUGGACAAAGAAGCAGAGGCAGUCGCCAUGGCCGUCAUCCCGCCGGCGACAGAGUUCGGAGAUCUAUGCGACGAAAUCCCCGAAACCAUCUUCUCUUUCGUCCCCCUGAAAUCCCUAGCGAAGCUGGAGACCGUUUCCAAAUCAUGGUGGCAGUUGAUUGCCAGAGUCCGGCUGCACCACCCGCCCACCACCGACUCCGGUCCGAGGCGCCGGAAUCUCUCAAAAAUCGGUCUUCUUGAAGCUCCACUACCCCCACAACGCCGAGCUCUGCACCGUCGACUCCUCCGCCCCGAACAAAUUCCCCUUCUUGAUCGAUUCAUGCAAUGGGUUAAUCCUCUACGGCGCCGUGGACGACAAAAAGACUUGGAAUUACAUCGUACAUUCCCAGAACGCCCAAUUCAAAGUCGUGGGCUUUUUCUGGAACGAGACGGCGAUGAAUUCACAGUUUUGCCACUCCCAAGAAACCCCAAUGGAUCAUCAUAUUCAUACCACAAUCCCUGCCACCGCUCGCUAUGGGAAUCGGAGGGCAAACUGAAUCUUUGUGACCCGGAUGAACACGGGUUCCGAAUCUGGGAGUUCAGCAACAACACCCAUGAAUCGUUAUGGAAAUUGCGUCGGUUUGUGGUUCUGGACGAUUUAAUUUCAGAAAUGACGAGGGAGACGGGGGUGAGAGUGACUGUGGGGAACUCCAUAAGGUCCUCUGGGUUCAAUGAGGAUUUGCAGAUUCUGUAUAUUCAUGUGGUUGUGUGCAAGAAAAUCGUAGUGUACAGCUUUGAGACUAAGAGGGUUGUGGGGGUUUGGUCCUAUGGAGAUGUGGGAGAAGAUUUCCAGCUUCGUACAUCCAUUGGAAACAACUAUUACAAGAAGGGUAUUGUCGAAGGCUUCUUCUAGCAGCCGCGCUUCACACAGCACAGAUCGGAGAGGGAAAAGAGAGGGGGUACUCUAUCGACCAGAAUCAAAACAGAGAUGACGGGCACACCUUUAGGAAGAGCGCAUCUUGAGGGAGAGGUAAAGGUGAACGUCGUGGUUGCAGGAGUACAAUUAACAAUUCUUCAUCUUUCUCAACAUUGGCCCGGCGGCUACGGUACAUUUCUAUUUUUUUUCAUCAAAUUCAUAUAGAAACUCUCAAAUUAAGAAUAGCUAAGGGCACAACUCGGUGGUGAUUGACAUGCUAAAUAAGAGGUGCAUUUAUUUGUUUCAAUCUCUUUAAUCCCUUUGAUGCACUUCCUACGGGUGGCAGAGCUGGGCUAGGCCAGCAACACCACCUGGCUUGCUGGAUUUGGG